CUCGCAUCGCAUUCACAGUCAACAAUUGUCAUUCUUUUUAUCCUUAUUCUUCUUUUCUCUGCUACUACUACUAAACCCUCAUUUCCCCUUCAUUUUCCCGCCAUUUUUUGUAACCGUCAAUCACACACUCUGGCAGCUACCGAUAACUGCGCCGAUGGUCACGUCAAGAGACGUUCAAGAGAUCGUCUCAAAGCUCUCCUCCGAUAAAGCCAAAGCCCGUGAAGAAGGAAUAAAAUUGUUGAAUACGUGGUUAGAAGGAGAAAGAUCGAUAAAAUUCUGCAACUACAUUGGACAGAAAACUGCCAAGCUUAAGCUUAAUGAAAUUCCUCACUCGGAAACAUGGCCGUUUCUUAUAUCAUUGCUCAUUCAAAGUGUGUCAUUGGAGAUUUCAACAAGUAAACGGCGGUUGCCUAAGGCGAGUUUUGCCAAAACCUUGCGAAUUGUAGUUCAGCGAGCUGAGGAUGCUAAGUUUUCAGCAGGCAAGGUAUUGCCGUUGUUACCUGUGGCUAAAAUACUCUUCAGUCACAUAUGGGAUGUAUUAAGUAGUGUUUCAAGCUUUCAGUCAGAGUAUGGGGUUAUACUACGGCAUCUAUUGGCAGUUCGAGAUUAUCGUUUCCACUUGAGGAACCGUGUUUAUUGCAGCCUGAUGCGUCUGUAUAUAGAGAAGGUGGAAACAAGCUUGGCAGAUAAAAAUGAUAAUCAAGGUAAUCUGAAAGAGGAGGCUUUUCGCUGUGUGUUAACACUACAUUCACUUCUAGAAAACCCUCCUGGAGAUUUCCCAGAUGAACUCAGGGAAGACAUUGUUAAGGGGAUUGUUCAGAUUUUCUCCUUCAUAAGGGAGGAGGGAAAGUUCUCACGUAAACUUAUGGAGUGUGUUAAUACUUACUUGUUAAAAGAUGGUCCAAAUUUGGGCUGUCAGUCCUUGGAGAUCCACAAUGCUGUACGGCAUUUUGUGUUUCGUUGUUGGCUUACAACCCAUGAUCGGAAUCUGAAGGAUGCACUUAUAUUCUAUGGAAGGCUGCAGCUAAAUCUAACAAGAGGUGCUUCUGAAAGUGGUUCUAUGGUAGAACAAUUUUUGGAUGUAGUAUGUAAAGAACUAGAUCAAAGCAGUUUAACCAGCAUAACUGUGCCUUGGAUGGACGCAACCAAGGAUGAGAAGUUUGGAACUUUGACUGGUUCACAAUGUGGUUUGGUUGAGCUUGCUGCACUGCUACUUUAUCAGGCUUGUGUUAGCACACCUAAAGCACAGUCAACUGAAAAGAGGAUUAAGCGGGAGCAUGCUACUGUUCUCUUGAAAGAGGCACUUAAGAAAGGAAAAUGGUUAUGGAAUGCUGCUUUUUGCUAUCUCAUUCGUAACUACUGCAGUCGCAUGAAUAAGGAUCUUAUCAUAUACUGGUUCGAUGGAAUCUCGACUAGCUUUGAGAGGAUUUUGAAUGAUACAACUAUGGUGCAUGCAUAUGAUAGUUUGCUCUGGACUUUGCGAGGUUUGCAGGAGUUAUCUACUGUUUUGCUGCUUUCAGAUUCUCGAGUGGAUUCGAUCUCGAAUAAGCUUGACAGUGGUUGGCAAUUAAUCUGGAGCCACUUGAUACAUGGGUUGCCAUUAUUCAGUAAUUCAACUUCAGUUGCAGAUGCUGCCUUAUUGCUACUCGGAAACAUACUUACAAGUGAUAUGAUGAAUAUAUUUGUUGUGCCUCAAGAUAUAUGGGACCUGAAAUUAUUUAAACAAAUGCCAUCAAGGUGUGUCUUGUACUUCAUUGCGUGCUAUUUUUCUCACAAGGGUUCUCAAGGUGAUCUUCGAGACUCCUUACAUCUCAGAAAAAAUCUCCUAACAACAAUUUUGGGCUAUCUGAACUGGAAGGACACUUCCAUAUUGAACGAGCAUAUGGUGGUGUUGUUUCCAGCAGCUGUUUAUGCUCUUUGUGCUGGCUGUGCUCCUUUCACACAUUGCUACAAAGGGCUUCUCCCAUCACAUAAUCUUGAGGCUUCAGGUGAUUGGGCCAAGACAUACGAGGAUGAGUGUGAAAGGCUUUAUGAACCUUUUGAGUGCUCUGUGGAGGUGCUUGCAAAAAUCGAUUUGGGCUCUACAGUUGAGCUUGCUUCAUCCCAAUGCAAUCGAAGUGUAAGUCUUCCAUGUGAAUUAAGAGAUACACUGAUGCAUGAAAUGGAGACCCAUAUUUUCGGAGCUCUAGGGGAUAAGCAGACCGAAAAAAUGCCUCUCUGUGAUGCCAUCUUUACAUGUGGACUAUUGUCCAAUUUCAUACAUGGCUCAUUGGUAACAAGGAAAAGAGAUGAGAUUUUGCCAUUUCUCUCCAAAACGGGCCAGUACUUAAUAGAUUUGUUAGGCUAUGCUGUUAAUUUGGUCACUGAAAAUGGAAGUGAUUUCCAAUCUCUUGGUUGUUCGGGAUCUACCUCAGAGUGCAAUGUGAAGAACUCUUUAUUACAGUCUUUUAGAAGCCUUCUCUGCUGUCCUAUCUUUGUAAAAGGGGAAGAUAAAAAUGCUCUGGAUGCUGCACUUUCUGGUGAUGUGAUUCAAUGCAUGGAAAGGCUCUUGAAAGCACUUGCUAAACUGUAUGAACAAUUUUCUGAAUGUACAAGAAGCUCUCAUUCUGAAGUGGUGCUGUCUGAUUCAUCUGAUGCUUCCUUACAAAUAUCUAGCCCGCUAGAUGGUAGUAGGAGCAGGAUUCUGGACGUGGAAUUAGAUGUGAAUGAGGAUACACAAGAUGUCGACAUUUUAAGUUUUGGUGGCAAAGUUAGUACUGCCAUUUCCUUUUCUAUGAUUAAGUGGAAGAUGGGAAUGAUAUCACUUAUUUCAAGUUUUUUCUCAGUUUUAGGUCUUGUUACAUGGGAUAUUCUUUUUGAAGUGAUGGGAAAAGAAUGCGAGACAAAGGUGUUUGAGAACAUUCUUUACCAUCUCUGUCAACAUCCGCACUGGUCUUCUGCUGGAAAGCUCAUAGACCUGGUACAAACAUUGGAUAACAUGAUUGAGAUAAAAGUGGGUGCUAAACUUAAUUGUGCUAGCAUAGUAGUUGCCACCCAACGGUUGAUGCAUACGUUAUUAUCUCUGAACGGCAUUCAAAAGGAUGCUGACCUAAGUUUGACUGGAAGAGAACAUGAACAGGGUCUUAUACAUCUUGGAAGUGUGGUCAGCAAAGUGGCAGAGUUUGGCUUUCUUGACUGGAGGGGACGUGUAAAGCUAAUUGGUUGCAUUUGUGAUUUUGUUGUACUCAGUCCUCAAAAUGGUCAGACAAUGAUAGGAAGGUUGUUCUUACUGCUUCGGGAUCCUGAUUACCGAGUUCGGUUUUCCCUGGCUCAACGGAUUGGUGUUCUAUUUGAAACAUGGGAUGGCCAUGAGGAACUCUUCCAAGAUAUCUAUUCAAAUUUUGGUGUCACACUGGUGCUUCACUCAAAAGGGAAACUUGUCACUGCAAAAGAGGUUCUAGCUGCAGGUCCUCAGCCAUGCCUAGCAAUGGAAACUAUUAUUAUUACCCUAAUGCAUCUUGCUUUCCACAGUGAGAAAGUAGAAUUGGAGGCCAUUUUCAUUAUUUGCGCAGUUGCUGCUAUCAACCCUUGUCACAGGUGCAAAAUGUUCUACCUUAUCCUUUUGUUACUAGGCAUGGUUAUUUUAUUGACGAAAGUGCAUUGCUUCAGGGAGUUGGUCAGUGCAGUACUUGAUGAUCUUUCAAGGCAGCUUCAAUAUGCAACUAGGUUCAAGUACUUGGAGGAACUCAUUGGAACUAUUCUCUUUUUUUGGGUUAGUUGUGGCGUUAGCUUAGUUGCACUUGUUGAGAUAAGGCAACUUUUUGUAUUGGAUGCUGAACCCAGUUACUUCAUGCAAUACUGUUGUCACUGGCUUCUUCCAGCUUUAGUUUUGAAUGGGGACAACUCCAGCAUGAACUGGGUGGCUAAGCUCUCUUCUCAACCUUUGGCAAUGCUAGUUAAAAAUCACUUUGUGCCAAUAUUUUCAGUUUGUAUGGCAUUGCAUUGCAGUAAGAGGCCUGGUUGGGAUAAGGGAGCUUUGGUGCUCCAGAGUUCGAUUCUGCAUUUUGCUGAGAUAUCUGAGAACGAAAGAGACAAACUCAUAAAACAACAUAUGGUAUCAAUUGUGAGCCACAUUCUGUCCCUUGCUUCUUGUGCAUCUGAUCCUGCAGUCCCUUUCUUUCCCAGAGAUAUUGUAGCACGGGCAGUUCAAACAGUUGUAGAUGGAUUUUUGGAAAUGGAGAAUUAUCCUUCAAGUGUAGCUGUUAUUGACAAGAUUAACAUUUUUCGGCCAGAUAGAGUUUUCAUGUUUAUAGUUGAGAUGCAUUAUAAAAUAGCAGCAGCAGUUCAUCACAGGCAUAGAUAUCAUAAGUUGGCUGGAAUUCAGGUGCUUAUAGAUGUCCUUGGGCACAGAGCUGGUGUUGCAAGCACUUCCAAUUACCUUUUCAAUUUGGUUGGGCAAUUCAUUGGUUGUUGGGCUUUGCAAGAUCAAUGUUGUCGCAUAAUUUCUUCAUUGCUGGAAACAUUUAAAAGAAACCCAUCUGAAGAUAUUGUCAGAGUGCUAGGUGAACAGCUUCAGUUUUUGGUGUCAAAGUUGGUGGCAUGUUGCAUUCCCUCUGAAACUACAAAGGAAGCUUCUGGCACUAGAUCAUCUCAAGCCUUGUCUUUGCUCUUCCAGCUAACUGUGCAUUCUGAUUCAUCUCUUCACGAUUAUGUUAGAGAAUUGGAACCAUUCCCUGAGACAGAUAUCUUUGGUGAGAUACGAGGGUUCCAUCAGGAGUUAUGCCAAGCCUACUCUCCAAGGGAUCACUUAUUGAAGUUUGUCAACAGAUCUUGCUACCUUCCACCCAGAUUACUUUUAUGGAGUGUACAGGCACUGCACAAGAAGUUGCUCAUGGGGGAAAACUUUCAGAAGGAAAGAAACACAAAAGACUUUGUGGAAGAUGUAAAUUGGCAUUGUGACCCAGAAAUUAUGCAGGCAGUCUGGGCACUUGUUCGCAUGUGUGGGUCAGUUGAUGCAGAUAGCAUUAGAUCAUUGGUGUCUGACUUUGUCUCUAGGGUUGGAAUUGGUGAUCCACAUUGCGUUGUCUUCCAUCUACCUGGAGAAUCUAGUUACUUUAAUGUCUGCAGGCCCACAGCUAAUGACAGCCCUACUGAAAUUAACUUUAGCAUGGAUACUGUCAUUUCUGAAGAACUUUUGAUUACACUUCUGAAGCUUUUAAAGAAGUAUCUGAUGGAUGACUCUGUUAGAAUAGUUGAUUUGACAUCUCAAGCACUUCGGGGAAUACUUUCAACUGAAAGGGGUCAAGGCGCUAUAUUGUCAUUUGAUUCUUAUGAAAGAUCUCUUAUUGAGAUUCACUCGAAAGGUGUAAAUGUUGAGCUGGUGGAAAAGUACCUUUUGGAUCUGGAAAGGAGGUUUAGAGCUGAAGCAAUUCCACUUGAGGAAUCUACUUUAUGGGAGACACCUAACAGAACAUUUGAGAUGUGGAUAUGUCCUCUUGUGUACUCAUUGAUUGGCUACAGCAAUGAUAUCAUUCUAAGGUUAUGCCAAGAUAUCGUUUUGUUGAAAGCUGAAGUUGCAGAGCUUCUUCUGCCAAGUGUUAUUGUAGAUCUAGCCGGAAAGAAGAAAAUGGACCUAGAUCUUCACAAAUUAAUCUCUUCGCAGGUGCAGGAGCAUAUAUUAACAGAAUCUAAUAAGUUGAUAAAAUCAAUUCAAGUCUUCCUGAAGGCCCUUAAUGAACUUCGAUUACAUUAUGUCUUAGAAAGAUCUUCUGCACCAUCAAAGAGAGAUACUUCCAAGUAUGCUAAGCCAUCUAGUUCUGCGUCAAAAUCUCGUUCCACCUCUGCAAAGGCUAGAGAUGCAAUGGCUAUGUCAAGUGCAAUGACAAUAUCAACGUCUUCAUGGGACAAGGUUUAUUGGCUAACCAUUGAUUACCUUCUUGUUGCUAAAUCAGCAGUUAUUUGUGGCUCAUUCUUUACCUCUAUGAUGUACGUGGAAUACUGGUGUGAAGAAUAUUUUAAUAGCCUGACUCUAGGGAGACCAGAUUUCUCCCAUCUUGAGGUGUUGCCAGAUCACAUUGAAGUACUUGUCUCAGCAGUCACUCAAAUCAAUGAACCUGAUAGCUUAUAUGGGAUAAUCCAGUCAUACAAGCUGCCCUCUCAAGUUGUUACCUUUGAGCAUGAGGGAAACUGGAGCAAGGCCCUUGAGUACUAUGACCUGCAAGUACGUUCAAAUACCAUGCUGCAAAUGAAUGAAGGAUCUAGAAGUUUGACAGUAAAGCAUACCCAAUCACCACCACAUCUAUCCAUCUCCGAAUCAAAAGAUGAAAUAAGGCACAGGAAACCUUAUAAAGGUCUAAUUAGAUCUCUUCAGCAAAUUGGUUGUACGCAUGUGCUAGAUUUGUAUUGCCAGGGAUUGGCUUCUCAGAAGGGUCAGGUUCAGCAUGAUUUGGAGUUCAUAGAAUUGCAGUAUGAGGCUGCUUGGCGUGCAGGAAAAUGGGAUUUCUCCUUGCUCGUCAUGGGAAGCAAUUCUCCUCCACGGCAAAAUAUCAAGACUGAUCAUUUCAAUGAAAAUUUGCACAGUUGUCUAAGGGCAUUUCAAGAGGGAGAUUUUGAUGAAUUUCACACUAAACUGGAAGGUUCAAAGCAGGAGCUUGUGCAGUUCAUCUCUUAUGCAAGUGAGGAGAGCACUGAAUACAUCUAUUCAACAAUAAUUAAACUUCAGAUUCUUUAUCAACUUGGUAUGGCAUGGCAUAUACGAUGGAUAACAUCUCCAUGUGAAAUGAUGGAAUUUCGUACUCAGAAGCACCAAAGUUAUACAGAACCUGUGUUCCCUACCAUGGAUCAGUUAUCAUGGUUGAAUAUGAAUUGGAGCUCCAUUUUGGAACGAACUCAGCUGCAUAUGAAUUUAUUAGAACCAUUCAUAGCAUUCAGGCGAGUUCUACUUCAGAUCUUGGGUUGCAAUGAGUGUUCUUUGCAACAUCUUUUGCAGUCCACAUCCACUCUCCGCAAGGGUUCAAGGUUUUCUCAAGCUUCUGCCGCUCUACAUGAGUUUAAAUUUCUUUGUAUUGCUAGUGGUGAACAAUAUUUAUCUUCCUAUUGGCUUGGAAGGCUGGAAGAAGCAAAGCUGUUGCAUGCCCAAGGUCAGCACGAGAUGGCUAUUAGCCUUGCAAAAUAUAUCUCACAAAAUUGUCACUCAAACGAAGAAGCUUCAGAUGUGUAUCGUAUGGUUGGAAAGUGGCUAGCAGAAACUAGAUCUAGCAACUCAAGGACAAUUUUGGAGAAAUAUCUAAAACCUGCAGUUUCCCUGGCAGAAGAUCAGAAGGCUACUCAGAAAAAGUCAAUAGAAAGACAAAGCCAAACACAUUUUAAUCUUGCACACUAUGCAGAUGCUUUAUUUAGGUCCUAUGAGGAAAGAUUAACUUCUAGUGAAUGGCAAGCAGCAACGCGUUUGAGGAAACACAAGACACUGGAGUUGGAGGCACUUCUUAGACGGCUUAAAAGUUCAGCAAAGGGGGACAAGACUGACUAUUCAGCUAAAAUUCAAGAGUUGCAGAAGCAACUUACAUUGGACAAGGAAGAGGCUGAAAAACUGCUGGAUGACAGGGACAAUUUUCUCAACCUAGCAUUGGAGGGAUACAAGCGAUGUCUGGUCAUAGGUGACAAGUAUGAUGUACGAGUGGUGUUUCGACUUGUUUCCCUGUGGUUCAGUCUCUCUUCUAGACAAAAUGUUGUGACUAACAUGCUUACCACUAUUGAUGAGGUUCAGUCAUAUAAAUUUGUCCCGUUAGUUUAUCAAAUUGCUUCAAGGAUGGGGAGCUCAAAGGAUGGAAUGGGACCUCAAAAUUUUCAGUUUGCUUUGGUUUCUCUUGUGAAGAAAAUGUCCAUAGACCAUCCAUACCACACACUUUUUCAGCUUCUAGCUCUAGCAAAUGGUGACCGUAUCAGGGAUAAACAGCGCAGUAGAAAUUCAUUUGUCGUGGAUAUGGAUAAAAUACUUUCAGCAAGAAAUCUUCUGGACGAAUUAUCAUCAUAUCAUGGAGCUGUUAUUGGACAAAUGAGACAAAUGGUUGAGAUCUAUAUCAGACUUGCACAGCUUGAAACAAGGAGAGAGGAUACCAACAAAAGGAUGACAUUACCAAGGGAAAUCCGCAGUGUUCAACAACUAGAACUUGUACCUGUAGUGACGGCUAGUUUCCCAGUGGAUCGUAAUUGUAAUUACAGUGAUGGCUCCUUCCCAUACUUUAAGGGACUAGCAGAUUCGGUUGUGGUAAUGAAUGGUAUUAAUGCCCCAAAAGUGGUUGAGUGCUUUGGUUCUGAUGGUAAAAAAUAUCGGCAGCUAGCAAAAUCUGGAAAUGAUGACCUCAGACAAGAUGCUGUUAUGGAACAAUUUUUUGGUCUGGUUAACACAUUUUUACAAAAUAAUAGAGAUACACGGAAGAGAAGAUUAGGUGUGCGUACAUACAAGGUUAUUCCUUUUACUCCAAGUGCUGGUGUUCUUGAAUGGGUUAAUGGCACUCUUCCCCUUGGAGAAUAUCUUAUAGGAAGCACAAGAAAUGGUGGUGCUCAUGGUCGCUAUGGAAUUGGAGACUGGUCAUUUCUCAAAUGCAGAGAGCAUAUGUCAAAUGAAAAAGACAAGCGUAAAGCAUUCCAUGAAGUUUGUGAGAACUUCAGGCCUGUUAUGCAUCACUUUUUUCUGGAGAGAUUCUUGCAACCAGCUGACUGGUUUGAGAAGAGACUUGCAUACACACGUAGCGUGGCAGCAAGUUCUAUGGUGGGCUAUAUUGUUGGCCUUGGAGACAGACAUUCGAUGAAUAUCUUGAUUGAUCAAACCACUGCAGAAGUAGUUCACAUAGAUCUUGGUGUUGCUUUUGAACAAGGCUUGAUGCUCAAGACACCAGAGCGGAUUCCAUUCAGACUGACAAGGGACAUAAUUGAUGCCAUGGGUGCAACUGGAGUAGAAGGUGUCUUCAGAAGAUGCUGUGAAGAAACUCUGGCUGUUAUGAGAACAAAUAAAGAAGCACUACUGACCAUUGUCGAAGUAUUUAUCCAUGACCCCUUGUAUAAAUGGGCUUUAUCCCCUUUGAAAGCCUUGCAGCGCCAAAAGGAAAUGGAUGAUGAUCUAGAGACAAGUUUGGAAGACUCUCAAGAAGAAUAUGAAGGGAACAAAGAUGCUGCACGGGCGUUGAUGCGCGUCAAGCAAAAACUAGAUGGAUAUGAAGAAGGUGAAUUGAGAAGUGUGCAUGGACAGGUUCAACAGCUUAUUCAAGAUGCCACUGAUGCUGACCGUUUAUGCCAACUGUUUCCUGGAUGGGGAGCUUGGAUGUAAUGUAAAUAUGAUUUGGUUUGCCACAGAGAUGGCCAGUCAUCUUUGUAUAGGCGGUUUGUCAUUUGGUGUUUUUGUCUGAGAAUGUCUUGGGUGACAUUGGCUGAUGUAUAGUAACAUUUUUUACCCUAUAAGCUGUGCAUAUAGAUACAGUAGAUAUAGAAAAUAUCGAAUAUAUAUGUAACGCUUUCGUCCUCAAACGGAAGCGACUCCCCACUCCAUUUUUGUCCCUCUUAUAUUAAUCUUUGGCAAAAUGCAGUCUCAUUUCCAAAUUUUACUAA